UUUCCACAUUGCAGAGCACUUCGAGGGGAAGGAGGGAGGGAGGUGUGUGCUUGUGUGUGCGAGAGUGUGUUAUGUCUCAGCGUGUAUGUGUGUGUGAAGGGGGAGACUUAUUACCCCAUGCAGUUAUACAGGUUCGACGUGAGGGGGGUAAAGAGAGAGGCAGAAGAGGCGCCGGGAGGGAGACAAAACUCGGACGCACGCUGCUGCCCGCAGCUUUUCUGAUCACACGAUUCCAAGUUGGUUGUAUGUCCAAAAUUAUGAACUAAGUGGAUCUUCGAGAAAGAGAGGAUAUAUUAGGAGUAAGAAAAGCUGUGAGAAAAAAGUGAAACCUAGUUAAAUGCAUUUAAAAGGAGCUGCUCGAGAUUAUUGCUGGAAUUCAACUUGAACCAAAGGAAAUACUCAUAAGGAAAUGUACAUUAAAAUCGCACACUUCUGUGAAUUACUGUAGAACUACAUGAUGUCUUGCAGCUGGCUGUCCACUUGUGGCCAGGUGCUGUAUGGAGAAAGAUGCCUAUAAAUUCCAUUACAUUAUUCUGCAAUGAAAUAUAAUCAUAUGUACUGAUCUAUGGAAAUAUUUCGAUGAAAUCAACAAGCUCAUCUCGAACAGUAAAACUAGAGGGAAUCGGCUGUCAAGGAAGACUGAACAAUGAAGCCUUCAUAUCUUAUGUCUCUGCUUAUCUGUUCAGUCGCCUGCACAAAUCUGAAAUUUGUCUCAAAGAGGAAUUCUGUUGAUGGCUGUAUCGACUGGUCGGUGGACCUAAAGAAAUACAGAGCUCUAGCUGGAGAGCCGAUACGGGUGAAAUGCGCCUUGUUCUAUAGCUACAUCAGGACUAACUAUACCAUGGCCCAAAGCACAAAGCUCCGGCUCAUCUGGUAUAAAAACAGAGAAGAUUCGGAGGAGCCCAUCAUCUUUUCAGGCCACAGACUAAGCAAAGAGGAUGACUCCAUCUGGUUUCGCUCAGCAGAAAUGCAAGACAAUGGAUUUUACACUUGUGUCUUAAGAAACUCAACAUACUGCAUGAAGGUGUCAAUGUCCUUGACGGUGGAAGAGAGUGAUUCUGGGCUCUGCUAUAACAGUAAAAUUCGCUACAUGGAAAAAUCGGAGAUCACCAAGAAAAAGGAGAUCACUUGUCCAGAUAUAGAAGACUAUCUAGCGCCAUACAAGCAGCCAGUAAUGACCUGGUACAAGGAAUGCAAGCCAAAAAUAUGGAGGAGUGCCAUUAUUGUGAAUGUGACAAGUUUCAUAAUACCCAGCGUAGAAGAAUCUGAUGCUGGGAAUUAUACAUGUGAGCUGAAGUAUGGCAGCAAAUUUGUGAGAAGAACCACAGAGUUAAAAGUUACAGCUCUGCUCACAGAGAAGCCUCCGAAACUACUCUUCCCUACGGAAAACCAGCCAAGUGUUAUAGAUGUCCAGCUGGGAGCACCAUUCAACCUUGACUGCAGGGCUUUUUUUGGAUACAGUGGAGAAUCCAAACCAAUUAUCUACUGGAUGAAAGGAGAAAAGUUUGUUGAAGAGCUUGAAGGCCACAUUCGAGAAAGCGAACUCAGGACUGUCAGAGAGCACCUGGGUGAGAAAGAACUGGAGCUUUCCUUGAUGUUUGAUGGAGUAGAAGAGACAGACAUGGGGAACUACAGCUGUUAUGUUGAAAACCACAAUGGGCGCAGACAUGCUAGUGCUAUCUUACAGAAAAAAGACUUAUAUAGAAUGGAGCUUGCAGGAGGUUUAGGUGCUGUUCUGUUGGUGCUGGGAUUCCUCACUGCCAUUUAUAAAUGUUACAAUGUUGAGAUCCUCCUGUGUUAUAGAAGACACUUUGGAAGCGAUGAGACUGAGGAUGACAACAAGGAGUAUGAUGCCUACCUUUCUUACACAAAGGUUGACUUGGAUUCACUAGAUCACGAAACAAGUGAUGAGGAGCAAUUUGCACUGGAAAUCCUCCCAGAUGUGUUGGAGAAACACUAUGGAUACAAACUAUUCAUCCCUGACAGAGAUCUCAUUCCAAGCAGCAUUUACAUUGAAGAUCUUGCCAGAGGAGUGGAGCAAAGCCGGAGACUCAUCAUUGUGCUGACUCCUGACUUUGUCACCAGGAGAGGGUGGAGCAUCUUUCAGCUGGAAAACCGCCUCCACAGUAUGUUAGUGACAGGUGAAAUUAAAGUAAUCAUGAUCGAAUGUACGGACCUGCGAGGCAUCAUGAACUACCAGGAGGUGGAGGCAUUGAAACACACCAUAAAAUUACUCUCAGUGGUCAAGUGGACAGGGCCCAAAUGCAACCAACUGAAAUCAAAAUUCUGGAAGAAAAUACUGUUUGAAAUGCCUGUCAAGAAAAAGGAGACACUGUCUCGCAGACAGGUCUUGGACUCUGGGGAGCAAGGCCUUUUUGGUGACCUUCAAACUGUAUCUACUAUUGCCAUGACAACAACGUCCUCCUCCAUGGCCCCCACCCAUGCAGAGAUCCCCGACUUUCAUCAAACAAAUCACCCACAAAUGAGACAUUAUUGCCGAAGUUAUGAAUAUGAAAUGCCCUCGUCCCCAGUGCAAAUACCAUCCAUGGGCAAUCGACAUUUGUACUGUAACAUCCCCAUGACUCUUCUAAAUGGACAAAUAAUGCAUAACAACACUCUAAAAAACAAGCCGGAACUACAUUUGAAUAAUACUUUUGUGCCAGUCUCUGCUAGAGAGCUUACCAGUGACAUCUGGUAAUGUGACUCCUAGAAUUUCUUCCUUCUUUGCAUGAAGACUCGCACAGACAGACUAAUUAUUUUCUGACUAAAGCCCACAGAGUUGAACACUCACAACAUCUCUUGUCUUUAUACAAUAUAUUUUGGGGGUUUUGGUUCAGUAAA